AUGUCUAUGCCUGAAGUAAUGGCAGAGGCCAUUUCUAAGUCUAACCAGGCCUUAGCCGAGACUCUGGCCAAUGCAUUUAGCAAUUUGCGUUAUCAGAGAGCGCCCACAGUUAAACUAGCUAAGUUUUGUGGCCCCCCGCGGAAGUCGGGAGACCCGUCUCUUAAAGAAUGGCUUGAUGACCUUGAGACUUAUGCGAAACAGCUCAGUCUCAAUGACGAACAGAAAGUUGCUGCAGCAAUGGACCACCUCACGGGUGCUGCUCGUGAGGAGGCCAUAUGGAUUUCAUAUCUACACCAUGUGGUAAAUGAACAUGAGUGGAUAGUUACGAACGGCCUGACAAGUGGUACUUGCAACCAUGGCGAACUGAGUGGGGAGGAACGAAAGAGACCAUGGUUGGAGAAGGACUCUCCUGAACAUCAAGCACUCCGGAAGCUUGUGUUUGAUGUCUAUCUCAUGAAGAACAUACAUUACUACCGCAACUUCAGACACACCGGAUUUGUCGAGUCCUUCCACAACCACUUACUUAUGUAUUGUGACGUGUCGUGCCAGCUCUCCUGCAUCAGGCUGGUUUGGUUGGUAGCGUGCCGUCCUGAUGGUGUCCUAUCCCUGCAGUGGUGGGCCACAGCACCAGGCUAUCCCCUCUCCUGGUUCCGACAGGAAUCUCUCGGCCUGCUCCCCGGGACCAAAUCGUCUUUCCAACCUUGUAGUAAGGUCGUUGUAGCUCAAUGGUUCGCCCUGGACCCCGUCUCCAAGCACUUGCUGGGCCUGCCCCUUCAGGCUUGCUGCCAGGAAAAAUGCUUUCUCUGCAGAGGUCCACGCGUUGAUCGUUGCGCAAGACUCAAGCUGCUGAAUUCCACUGAAGUUUCUCUCCUGGUGGAUCCCACCGCUGCCACCAAUGUGACGUGUCGUGCCAGCUCUCCUGCGUCAGGCUGGUUUGAAACUCAAUUGACCAAUCAGAAACAAGGAUUCCUUAUAUGCAAAGUGUGGGUGACUCACAGUGUGCUAGUGUAUUUAAAACAUACAGUUGGUGACUUAAUUCCUAUUCCGUCACAGUAUGCACCCAAGCGCCACGCCUAUGGCAUCAUUGGCUACAAGACCCGCAACAUCCUGGCAGCAAUUGAUUGCAACAACCACCGUGACCGCCCUCAACAAGUUGGACCUAAUGGGAAACCCACGUACGAGAGGAAGUACUCCAAGCGGUCAAAGAAGUGGACUGCACAGCCAAAACUUGCACCUAAAGCCUAUGCAUACAUCCCUGACUUGAUGGAAAACAUCUUCAUGAAGAGAAUCACAACCUUUGGACAUCUCUCACAGCACGUCAGUAUGUCGGCAGAUGACCCACGCAGAAUUGCCAAAACAAUCGCAGCUAACCGCGCACCAUCCAUAGAGAAGUUGGUCGAAGAGCGCAUGGAGCGUAUGCAGAAAAACUAGAGGGAAAUUACAGUAUUUGGUUGUUUCCAUUCAUAACCAUUCCUUACAGUCCUCUCUCUCUCUCUUGAACACAAAAACAUGCAUGUUUCAAAUGUGAAGGAUCUGAAAUUAAUGGGCCGCAGAAGUACGCAGAAGAUCAACAGUUUCAUGUACCUUAAAAUUUGUUAACAGUAUUGU